CGACACCAGUCUCCCCCGUCACGUGACCCGGUCUCCCUCUGCGUCGCGGGACUUUAGCUAGUUCCGGUCACGUGCCCUUACUGCCCAGUUUGGCCGCCCCAUGGAAGAGGAGGCGGCGAGACCCCCCGAGUAGCGGCACCGGCACCGGCAGCGGCUGGAGUCAGUGCCCAGCGCCACCCGCCCUCUCAUCCCGCCGCGCCUGCACCCGGCGGCAGCAGCAGCAGCCAGCGGCGGCCUGGGGCCUGAGCAGCCGCCCGCACGCACCUUAUAGCCAUCAUGGCAACAUCAUCUGAGGAAGUGUUACUGAUUGUAAAGAAGGUGCGUCAAAAGAAACAGGAUGGGGCUCUCUACCUUAUGGCUGAAAGGAUAGCAUGGGCACCUGAAGGCAAAGACCGAUUCACAGUCAGCCAUAUGUAUGCGGAUAUAAAAUGCCAGAAAAUCAGUCCGGAAGGAAAGGCUAAAAUUCAGCUACAGCUGGUACUGCAUGCAGGGGACACAACCAACUUCCACUUCUCUAAUGAAAGCACAGCAGUAAAGGAGCGAGAUGCAGUGAAGGACCUUCUUCAGCAGCUGUUACCCAAAUUCAAGAGGAAAGCAAAUAAAGAACUUGAGGAAAAGAACAGAAUGCUGCAAGAAGAUCCUGUUUUGUUUCAGCUUUAUAAAGAUCUCGUUGUGAGCCAAGUAAUUAGUGCUGAAGAAUUCUGGGCCAACCGUUUAAGCUUGAAUGCUGUGGAUAAUUCUGUGGCACCUAGUAAGCAGGAUGUGGGCAUCUCUGCAGCUUUUCUGGCUGAUGUUCGGCCUCAAACAGAUGGCUGCAAUGGUCUGAGGUAUAACUUAACUUCAGAUAUUAUUGAAUCCAUAUUCAGGACUUAUCCUGCAGUAAAAGUGAAAUAUGCAGAAAAUGUUCCACAUAACAUGACGGAAAAAGAAUUCUGGACACGAUUUUUCCAGUCUCACUACUUCCAUCGAGAUAGGCUGAAUACAGGCUCAAAAGAUCUCUUUGCUGAAUGUGCCAAAAUGGAUGAAAAAGGGUUAAAAACAAUGGUGUCUCAAGGGGUGAAAAAUCCACUGCUAGAUUUAACGGCCUUGGAGGAUAAAUCGUUAGAUGAGGGUUAUGGUGUUUCCUCUGUGCCAUCCACAUCAAACUCCUCAAAGUCCUUAAAGGAGAGUAGCAAUGCUGCCAUUAUAAAACGCUUUAAUCAUCACAGUGCCAUGGUCCUUGCAGCUGGGCUCAGAAAACAAGAAGCACAAAAUGAUCACUACAAUGAGACCAGCAGUAUGGAUGGAAACUCCCGGGAUUCAGAUUUCUUUCAGACACCAAUAAAAAAGGUGAAGCUACAGGAGGCUAUUGAAUAUGAAGAUUUAGGAAAGAAUAAUAGCAUUAAAACUAUUGCACUAAAUCUAAAGAAAUCUGAUCGGUAUUAUCAUGGUCCAACUCCAAUUCAAUCACAGCAAUAUGCAACCAGUCAGGAUAUUAUUAAUUCUUUUCAUAGUAUUAGACAAGAAAUGGAAGCCUACGUACCCAGACUAACUCAGGUUCUUUCAAGUGGUGCUGCUACGAGCACCAUCACAGCCCUGUCACCUGGAGGAGCCCUUAUGCAGGGUGGGACACAGCAAGCCAUAAACCAGAUGGUGCCAAAUGAUGUUCAGUCUGAACUGAAACACUUGUAUGUGGCAGUUGGGGAGCUACUGCGACACUUCUGGUCCUGCUUUCCUGUUAAUACACCAUUCCUAGAAGAAAAGGUUAUGAAAAUGAAGAGUAACUUGGAAAGAUUUCAAGUUACAAAGCUCUGUCCAUUCCAAGAAAAAAUUCGGAGACAGUAUUUAAGCACAAAUUUGAUAAAUCACAUAGAAGAGAUGCUGCAGACAGCCUACAAUAAGUUCCACACGUGGCAGUCCCGACGUAUGCUGAAGAAAACGUGAAGACUCCUGCUAUAAAGGUUGGAGAGGGAAAUCUGCAAUAGCUGUAGGAACACAACCUGGCAAAUGUGCAGUUCUUAGAUAUUGCAGGAACAUCUGCAAUAUGUGGAUUCCUGGAAAUGUUGCUAACUGAACUUGCACAUUUUUUGGAAAAAGACCUGUGAUUAAACUUGAAACUAGGGAAAAAUUGAGGAAGAACCAAAACAGAAGAAGUGAGAGGCAAAAAAAAACAUAUUUAAGAUGCUGUUUACUGCAGUUACUCAGGAACUGCUUUUGAUUUGCAUAAAGAGCUGCUUUCAGAAAUAAACUUUAAAAAGGGUGUAUUAAUAAAAUCUGAAACUGUUUGUCUAAUUUUUUUAAAAUGUGUAUGGCACAGGGUAGAAUGUAAUGUUUUUCUUCACUGGAUUCUGGCAUUUUAUUGAAUUCUGUUUGUACUUACUGAAACAGAGGUUAACAAUGACAUUUUAAAUAUAGCUGAGACUGUUUGUUUUUGCUUCAAACAUCUGACAAGAUUAGCUGUCAGAAGACCAGCUUCGGCCAUGUGUUUCCCUACAAACUGGAAGCAACAGACAUUGCACUGAAAGCUGUUUAUGGUUUGGAGUCCCUAAAGGCAUGUGUGGGGGAGGGCACACUUUUGCCUCGUGUCUUGGAUUUUUAUGCAGAAUAUUUUCAGCCAUCAAGUUUGCAUGUUUUCCUUUGAAUGCAAGGGUUGCUAUUGCAAUUUUUUUUUUUUUAAAGGUGGCAUCUGUUUUGAGAAGGAGAGAAUGCAUUUUCUAAAAUAAAGUUUCUUACUAAAGAA